AUGCAGGCAGGGAUUAACUUGGGGACAGCUGUGUCAAGAGGAUUGUAUCAACCAGCAACAAUCUUUAUGGGCCGCCAAAUGUCAGCCAUCUCAAGCGCUGGAGAUGUUAGUACAGAGCAGAAAUCUCCCCAACCCACGAAGAACUUCAGAACAAUUCUUGACCCACGUUCACAGCAACAGACAGCCCAGAGCAGUGAUGUGACAGACAGCUAUGUAGUCUGCACUAAUAGUGGCACACAGUGCUUAAAUAAGUCUGACAAAAUAGAUGGAAGGACAUCUCUUCAGAUUGGUGAGAAAACGCCAGUCACAGCCAGCCCAUUGUCUGAGGAGGAACAGACUCAUUGCUUGGAGAUAGGAAGCAACUCACGUCACGGCAAGAGUAAUUUAUCUGAAAGCAAAAAGUCUGCUGAACUCCAUUCCCUGUUACGGGGAAGAUUAUGUCCAGGGAGCAGAACCACUGAUUUAAAGUGUGACAGUUCCAGCAGAUCAGGGGCAUCAGAGGGAGAAAUACUGACACGGGAACAUAUUGAAGUCAAGGAAGACAGUGCCAGACUACCAGUCGCUCCGAUAUCAGUCUCAGAAUACUGUGCAUCUGAAAAUCAUCCUCCUCACGGGGACCCCGAGGCACAGAAGCCCUUCAGGAAAAUGCAGCAACAGCAGGAAGAGGAAAGUCUGAGCAGCAGCAGUGACCUCACAGUUGCCGUAAGUGAAGAUGAUCUGAUUUUAGAGAGUCCAGAACCACAGCCAAAUCCGAGUGACAAGAUGGAGGGAGAAGAUGGAAUAGAGGCCUUAAAAUUAAUCCACUCUGAGCAAGAAAGAGGUGCCCUAUCCACCGAAAAACAUAAUUGUAUUUUGCAAACUCUAAGCUCUCCUGAUUCAAAAAAGGAAUCCUCCACUAACUCACCAACAAGAGAGCUCUAUAAUCACAGUGACAUUCUGAAAGAAGACCUUGAAGCCUGUGGAACAGCUGUCCUUCACCAGCCUCCGAGACUCUUACCUGGAGGUGGCAGCCAUGAAAAGCAAGUCAGAUCUGAACAAGCGUCAGCCUCAGGCUUGUUGAGGGCACAGUUGGGUCAGCACAUGGCCACCUUGAAAGAACGUGAUAAUUCUAUCACAGAAGAGGUAGCUAAGAAGUCUGAAGUUUUCCUAGUCAAAAACGUGGACCAGAGGACAGGGGUUAGUAAUUUUUAUUUUUUUUAAUAAGUUUCAAGAUGUACAAAUUAUUCAUUUAAGGAAAUAGUCAUGUUCUUAACAAUGGUUAACAUAUUUGAAAAAAGAUUAAAUAA